AUGGAACCUCAAGAAGUCACCCAGUCGUCUCAACUGAGAGAGGAACAAAUUAAAGAAAGCAAUGAAGCAACUGCAUGGAUAGUCUUACAGGGUAUGAAGGAGAAAGAGGAGAAUGAAGGUGUACAGGGCUAUCCUGUGUUGGAGGCCAUGGCUGCAGAAGGAGAAGGUGCAAAUGAAGAAGAAUCCAGAGAUGAAACCCCUGCUGGUAAUUCAACCUCUGUAGAUGGAGGAAGCCAAGAUGGCGAGAGCAGCAGCAAUGGCCAGGAUAAGGGCCAAGGAGAGGAGCCGAUCCCUGGGAGCACAAAGGGCCCUCAGCCUCUCCCACGUCCACCAGGCCAGCUGACCCGCAACCGCUACAGGUUCACCGAGUUCCAGGUCCAGGAGCUGGAGCGCAUUUUUGAACGCAAUCACUAUCCCAGUGCUGCGACCCGAAGGGAGCUUGCGAGAUGGAUAGGUGUGACGGAAUCCAGAGUGGAGAAUUGGUUUAAGAGUAGGAGAGCCAAAUACAGGAAAUACCUGAAGAUGUAA